UGCGAAUGGCAGCAAGAAGAAGAGCGGGCGGGUUACGUCGACUGUGGAAUCUUUAGGACGGAUUUGAUAGCGAGAUACGCCUAGGAACUGAUAAGCCCGGAGGCGGGAAGCGCAGUAGUCAUGCUGAGAAUGGCUGCGAGGAGGGUCGUCUUUGUGUAUGGAACGCUGAAGCGCGGGGAGCCCAACCACUACUGGCUAACAAAGAAGGAGAAUGGCGAGGCCAAGUUUCUGGGCAGGGGAACGACGGCGGUGAAGUUUCCCCUGGUAGUGGGCACCCGCUACAACAUUCCUUUUCUGCUCGCCCGCCCCGGCGAGGGGAACCACAUAGAAGGCGAGGUCUACGAGGUGGAUCAGGCCAUGUUCGCCAAACUGGAUGAACUGGAGGAGUACCCAGACUACUAUGAUCGCGAGGAGCAGGCCAUACUGACAGAGCAGAAUGAGACCAUCCAGUGCUGGCUGUACCUGAUCCGCAAUUUCCCGGACAAAAUGCUGGCCAAGAAGAUGUUGACCUCGUACCACAACACGACGGAGCAGCCCUACUGCGAAACGUCAGUGCGCACUGUUCCGGCCAGAGAAGAUCUAUCUUACUGAACCUACAACUCCUCCCGAUUUUACAGCUACCUGGAGAGCUGCCCCGAGGACCUGGCCAUGGAUGAGUGAGACGAGACACGGGAGCGCUUAUAAAAAAGUAACGUUUAUAAACGGAUUUCAACGCAUGGCUAUUAUUCGUAUUCUAUUACAUUGAUUCCAUACUUUAAAAAUGCAAAACGAAAUGAACAAUA